GGUAGCGUAUCUUGGCCAGCCUUGAAAUGAAGCAUCUGCAAACCAAUACAACUUUUUGGUGCCGUUGUAUAUCCUAUGAAAUAGUUGUCAGCAGCUCUUUUCGUCUUGAUACGAUUUGAAUCGGCUCCAUGUGAAGGAAACCGCCGUAACCGCCAAAAUUGCUUACCCUGCUUCGUCGAACAUGUUGGCGGAUCCGCCUAGCUAUUCUCUACUCAACUUUGCAUUUGCACGGAGCAAAAAGAGGCCAUCUGCACCGCUGCAAUCAACGCCAACAGCAGCUAGCCCUUGAUUUCUAGCCUCUUUGCGACCAGCAAGGUUGCAAUACGCUACAACGUCAUCUCAACCACGAUGCCUGGGCUGCCUUCUUCGGUCGACCUGGACGAAUGCAUCUCGCGGCUCUAUAAAAAGGAACUUCUUGCCGAGUCGGUCAUCGAGGCGAUAUGCGCAAAGACGAAGGAACUGCUCAUGCGCGAGAGCAAUGUCGUGCACGUGCGCGCCCCCGUCACUGUUGUUGGCGACAUACACGGCCAGUUCUACGACCUCAUUGAGAUUUUCAAGAUUGGCGGAUGGUGUCCGGAUACAAACUACCUCUUUCUCGGCGACUACGUCGAUCGCGGCAUGUUUAGUGUCGAAACGAUAUCGCUUCUUGUAUGCCUCAAACUACGGUACCCUAAUCGCGUACACCUGAUCCGAGGGAAUCACGAGUCGAGGGGUGUCACGCAGUCAUACGGCUUUUAUACGGAAUGCGCGCGUAAAUACGGCAAUGCAAAUGUCUGGCACUACUUUACCGACAUGUUUGAUUUUUUGACAUUAUCUGUCGUGAUUAAUGACCAGAUAUUCUGUGUCCAUGGUGGCUUAUCACCAUCAAUACACAGUAUCGAUCAAAUCAAGAUUAUUGACCGUUUCCGAGAAAUUCCUCACGAGGGCCCCAUGGCUGACCUAGUAUGGUCGGAUCCUGACCCCGAGCGCGACGAAUUCUCGUUAUCACCGCGAGGCGCUGGUUAUACGUUUGGAGCGCGUGUCGUGAAGAAAUUCUUGGCUGUUAACGGGAUGAAUCACAUCUUACGAGCACAUCAGUUAUGCCAAGAAGGAUAUUUGGUCUUAUACGAUGAUCAUUUGAGUACUGUGUGGAGUGCACCUAACUAUUGCUAUCGUUGUGGCAAUAUGGCAAGUGUGCUGGAGGUUAGCGAUACUGGCGAGCGCCAUUUUAACGUAUUCGCAGCAGCACCCGAAAACGACCAACAUAAAGAUCUCCAGCAGGGUGAGAAGACGGCAGAUAGUAAUGCGCUGCCUGAUUACUUUCUGUAGGAUGAAGGAGGGCAGAGACGAAGAGAUGUUACUCUCUCCGAUGACCUCAAUGAUGGGUACGACGGAGAUGACGAGGAUAGCUGGGAAAAGAUACUCACGAGUGACGAAGUAAUAGAACUACUCUGAACACACUUGGGAACAUUGGAAUCAAAUCUCGUCGUCGAGACUAUAACGAAUCUAUCCAUUUCGUUGAUGAGGGGAUGGAUUGUCUCAACACAAGAUGAAGAUACUGAAAACAAGGCUCAGCAGCUGACGAAGAGGAUCAUCCCUCCAAGGCGCGAUUGACUUCGUGUGCAACCGCAUACGGAAUACAAAAAGGACACA